UUCUAUCUAUCUAUCUGUUAUUUAUAUCUGUUGUAUGACAAUUAAGAAAGCAAGUAAGAACUUUAUAGUCGUGCUGGCGCCCUCCAUUAUCUGUCUAAAACGAGCUGACAGCCCCUGACAUGUGACAGAGAAAGCCCCAGGAGAUUUAAAGAAUCAAUCUCUGUAAGAAAUGUUAUCAAUACUAUGUCCAUUCUUUGUGUUAUAGGAAAUGCUUGUGCAUAGAAUAGAUCCAAACAGAAAGUGUGUGCAAGUGGAAAAAAACUAGAAAAUAGCGGAAUCUAGAUAUAGGAAUCUUGCAUCAGUCAAUCAAUUUGGAUUCAUUAAGAGGCAAUGACUCUCAAUGUUGUUGUUGUUGUUGCUCCCCCAAUCAAUAGCAUUUCAGACGUUCUUCGAUCGAAAUCAAUUGGAAGCUAAAAACUGCUCCAGAACGCAAAUAUUUAGAUAAGUAAAUAUGUGAUGAUGUACUAACCAUCGUAGAUGCACACAGAUACAUCCCAGGAUACAUCCCCCGAUGAGAUAAGCACCCCCAUUCAUUUCAACAUCUUCGAGUGUCGUACAGCGAGAACCCCACCGUCAUGGAGAAGGAUGGGAGGGCACAAAAGCCCCCAAAGAAGAAGGCCGCAACGAUCUUGAGUGGAAUCGAAGAAGUACCAGCGCCAGAGGCAGCCCCAAAUCAAACGACAGCCGGUGGAAGGGCAAGGGGAACCUGCCCCUGUCCCCCGGCUAGUGGUGGGACCAUUGCGGCUUUGGUGAGCGGUUUGCACCACUCGGGGGCACGUGGCUUCCAGUCGCUGCACCAGCCACUGCUCGAAUGCGAGGAGCGGGCCCUGGCCAUCAAGCAACACCUCAGAGGGCAUCGGGGCCAUGGAAUUGAGGCGUCUCCCCACGAUUCCAUGCCGCGAUUUAUAGUCGAUAUCGAGGAGGAGCCAUCGGAGUCGUCGCAGAGUAUUGGAGGGCAGGAACACCAUUAUCAGGAACACCCAGAGCAAGAGCAUAGUGGCGGUGGCGGUGGCGCUGGCGGUGGUGGUGCCGGCGCGAGCUCCUCUCGACGCUUCAGUCACUUCAAUCUGGCCCUUCGUCGUUUCUCCCACAUCCAUGUCCAUGUAAAUGUGGGGGGGAAGAAGUUUCAUUAGCCUAAUGGAAGCCAUAAACAUAUAAAGAACUUCGAUGUAAUUACACGUGCAUUUCACUCGAAUGCGGAUGGUUGGUCAUCGAUUGGCCUUCUGAGAGCAUAAAUUAAAGUGAAACUCUUUAUGCAAGGCAGCGGCUCUUGGACUCUUGAGACUUAGACCACAAACAAAACCAGCCGCUGACCAGUCCGCUGGCUGGUCAAUCAGUUGUGGUGCAACGCUCGUGGCAGCAGCAGCGGCAGCACCAGCUGCGGGUCAACAAAAUAAUAAUACCAAAAUUGGCAAACAAGUUCCUCUAAGUGCGAGUGCGAGUGCGAGUGAUUUUUCUGGCCAAUUAUAUGCGACACGAAACGGCAUUUCCAUAGAGAGUGGAGCGUGGAGCACACCUACCGACUGCCACCUAAUGGCUGAUUACAGUGGGACGGAGAUGACUACUUUUGCGUGCAAACCCCAUUCUCACAGCAGCGGUGGCAGCACGGCAGUGGAUGAUAAGCGACCCCCCACCACACAUCACGCGUCAGACGGGACCCGACCAGGGAGCUACUAAGGCGGCACUACGGAGCAAGCAUUCGACUCGCUUCGCAUUCCCCAAGAAACACUCAAGAAAACUUAAACGCUCGCGCCGCACAGCAUCGCAGAAGCACGGGAGCACUGGAGCACGGGAAUUAAUUAACUGCCAAUUAAUGAAGCGGCAAAAAGAGAAAGAAGAAUAUUUGCUUAUUAAUAUUAUGCACAUACCGUACCCGUAUGCACUUGGUGGUGCACUCGAUGCCAGUUCUCGCGAGUGAUUCUGUUACUGUUUUUUUCCUUCUCGAUUGUGUGAUUUAUGUGAUACUGUGACAAAUGAAGAGCAGAAUUUCCAUAUUUGUGCAGUCGCUGGUUUUAUCAGCUUGACGCAGCACGUACCGUCGUACCGUCUCCGCUCGUACACCGCGACCAAACAAAACCGAGCUAAUUAAUCAAAUAGAGACAAAUUCAAGAGCAAAUUUAAUUGCUAGAUACAGCAAAAGAGGAAUCAUGAAACUAUCCAAAAGCUUCGAUGAGUUGAUCUUGAGCGCCUCGCGGCUGAGCCUCAAUAAUCUGCGAUCGCCAGGCAAGAAGAAUCUAAAAAUCAAUUGCGUUGUGGGAGAG